GAGCGAGCAAGCGGCGGAGGCGGCUUCUGCAGAAGCGGCACCAGCAACUUUGUUGGAUGAAAUACUUUCAGUGUGUAUCCCACAACGAUACUGGCAAAAGGAAUAGCAAUUUCAGUUCAUGUUAGCAAGUGAAUAGAAGAGUCUGCUUUGAGGUUAUAUGUUUCAUGUGUGGAUGCUGAUGAUGAAGUCUGUGGAUUUGUCAAGAUGCCAUGAAACUAUAGUGUAAAGUGAGUUUUAAUUAUCAACAAUUUGGGUCAAAGACUUUUUGGAUGUGUGGAAAUAUGCCUUUUCAUGCCUUGUGAAAAUGGAAGAACUGAGAUUGAUAAGAAGUUAACUGAUCAACAGUGAUAGCUAAGAGAGUUACAUCUAUAAACCAUUUAACCACUACGUUAAAUGAUAAGAACUGGGAUCUCAUGCGACCUAUGUAUUUUCUGGAGAAUAUUCUCCAGAAGAAAGUUGUAAAUUUGAAAAGCAGAGAUGACUCUAUUUUUCUCUGGAGUUUAUUAAGUAGAAACACGUUUUCCAAUAAUGACCAGCUUGAAGCGGUCCCAGACUGAAAGGGCUGUUGCUGCUGGUUUGUCAGAUGGAACUUCUAAAAUCCAUUCGGAUGAUUUUUACAUGAGGCGUUUUAGGUCACAGAAUGGCAGCUUGGGUUCUUCAAUGAUGGCUCCAGUAGGCCCUCCACGCAAUGAAGGGUCUCAUCACCUUACUUCUACUCCUGGAGUUCCAAAAAUGGGAGUUAGAGCAAGGAUUGCUGACUGGCCUCCAAGGAAGGAGAACGUCAAAGAAAACAGUAGAUCAAGUCAAGAAAUGGAUACAUCAAGUUGUCUUGAUAAUAUGUCUUCAAAGAGUAGUCCUGGAAGUCAGGGGAGCUCUAUUAACUUGAAUUCUAGUGACUCUGUCAUGUUGAAGAGUAUUCAGAACACACUCAAAAACAAAACAAGACAAUCUGAGAACCUAGAUUCUAGAUUUCUCACACCUGAUGGUUACCAUAGUUCUCCUAGGAAAGCUCUUCGCAGAAUAAGACAGCGUAGUAAUAGUGACAUUACUAUAAGUGAGCUUGAUAUAGAUAGCUUUGAUGAAUGUAUCUCACCCAGUUAUAAAUCUGGACCAUCACUGCACAGGGAGUAUGGCAGUACCUCAUCCAUAGAUAAGCAGGGUACUUCAGGGGAAAGUUUUUUUGACUUACUGAAAGUUUAUAAAGACGAAAAGUCUGACCAGAGAAUCCCAGCCACCAGCAAAUUCAGUGAACUCCUUAUAGCUAGUGGAAGCAAGGGUUCAGGGUUCUCUUUAGAUGUGAUAGAUGGGCCUAUCACUCAAAGAGAAAACCUCCGAUUAUUUAAAGAAAGGGAAAAACCUCUGAAGAGGCGUUCAAAAUCAGAGACAGGAGAUUCUUCCAUUUUUCGAAAGCUGCGUAAUGCCAAAGGUGAAGGAGAUCUCGGGAAGUCUUCAGACUUAGAGGACAGCAGAUCAGAAGAUAAUGUGAAGCCUUGGACUUGCCCGAAGUGUUUUGCCCAUUAUGAUGUUCAGAGUAUAUUAUUUGAUUUAAACGAAGUGGUAGUUAACAGGCACAAUGUUAUUAAACGAAGGAAUACAACAACUGGAGCUUCUGCUGCUGCAGUUGCAUCAUUGGCUUCUGGACCAUUAUCCCAUUCUGCAAGUUUUAAUUCACCAAUGGGCAGUACAGAGGAUCUAAAUUCCAAAGGAAGUCUCAAUAUGGACCAGGGAGAUGAUAAGAGCAAUGAUCUUGUGAUGAGUUGUCCAUAUUUUCGUAAUGAGAUUGGUGGGGAAGGAGAAAGAAGAAUCAGCCUUUCUAAAUCUAACGCUGGAUCUUUCAGUGGCUGUGAAAGUGCCUCUUUUGAGUCUACUCUUAGCUCUCAUUGCACAAAUGCUGGAGUAGCUGUACUUGAAGUACCCAAGGAAAACUUGAUGUUACACUUGGACAGAGUGAAAAGAUACAUUGUUGAACAUGUGGAUCUUGGUGCAUAUUAUUAUCGGAAAUUCUUUUAUCAGAAAGAACACUGGAACUACUUUGGAGCAGAUGAGAACCUUGGUCCAGUAGCUGUCAGUAUCAGAAGAGAAAAACCUGAAGAAAUUAAAGAAAAUGGGUCUCAGUAUAACUACCGUAUCAUUUUCAGAACUAGUGAGCUUACAACACUGAGAGGUUCUGUCUUAGAGGAUGCAAUACCUUCAACUGCAAAGCAUUGUACAGCCAGAGGCUUGCCUUUGAAAGAAGUGCUUGAGCAUGUGAUUCCAGAACUGAACAUUCACUGCCUAAGGUUGGCCUUCAACACUCCCAAGGUCACGGAACAGCUUAUGAAAUUGGAUGAACAAGGGCUAAGCUAUCAACUUAAGGUGGGGAUCAUGUACUGCAAGUCAGGACAAAGCACAGAAGAGGAAAUGUACAAUAAUGAAUCAGCAGGCCCAGCCUUUGAAGAGUUUCUUCAGUUGCUGGGAGAACGGGUUCGGCUCAAGGGAUUUGAAAAGUACCGUGCCCAGCUAGACACGAAGACUGAUUCAACUGGUACUCACUCUCUUUAUACAACAUACAAGGACUAUGAAAUCAUGUUCCAUGUAUCCACCAUGCUGCCAUAUACAUCGAACAACAAGCAACAGCUUUUAAGAAAACGUCAUAUAGGAAACGAUAUUGUGACAAUAGUUUUCCAGGAACCUGGAGCAGAGUCGUUCAGCCCAAAGAAUAUUCGUUCUCACUUUCAGCAUGUUUUCGUCAUUGUUAGAGUACACAAUCCAUGCACUGACAACGUCUGUUACAGUGUUGCUGUGACAAGAUCCAGAGAUGUGCCAUCAUUUGGACCACCAAUCCCUAAAGGCAUCACCUUCCCCAAAUCAAAUGUGUUCAGGGACUUCUUACUAGCAAAAGUGAUCAAUGCUGAGAAUGCUGCUCAUAAAUCUGAGAAGUUCCGCGCCAUGGCUACCAGAACCCGCCAGGAAUAUUUGAAAGAUUUGGCAGAAAAGAAUGUUACAAACACACCCAUUGAUCCUUCUGGCAAGUUUCCCUUCAUCUCACUUGCUUCUAAAAAGAAGGAGAAGUCCAAGCCUCAUCCAGGAAUAGAACUCCACAGUUCUGGUGCUGUUGUAUGGACACUUCAAGCUAAAGACUAUAGCAAGGGUGUAGAUAUAGACUGUCUCCUUGGUAUUUCCAAUGAAUUUGUUGUUAUCAUUGAGCAAGAAUCAAAGAGUGUUGUGUUCAAUUGUUCCUGCAGAGAUGUAAUAGGAUGGACUUCAACAGACACAAGUGUCAAAAUUUUCUAUGAAAGGGGCGAAUGUGUUUCUGUGGAGAAUUUCAAAAGCAACACUGAAGAUAUCAAAGAGAUUGUCAAGAGGCUAGAGCUUGUGACAAAGGGCUGUGAGUCAGUGGAAAUGACUUUACGUCGAAAUGGACUUGGCCAGCUUGGUUUCCAUGUGAACUAUGAAGGAAUUGUAGCAGACGUUGAACCCUAUGGCUAUGCUUGGCAAGCUGGAUUACGACAAGGCAGCAGAUUAGUGGAAAUCUGUACCGUGGCUGUAGCUACUCUAAGCCAUGAACAAAUGAUUGAUCUCCUGAGAACUUCGGUAACUGUGAAGGUUGUCAUUAUUCCACCUCAUGAGGACUGUACCCCACGAAGAAGUUUUUCAGAAACUCAUCGGAUGCCAAUGAUGGAAUACAAAAUAAAUGAUGGUGGAGUUCCAUAUGAACUGAAGUACCCCUUCAGAAAUAACAAUAAAUGGCAGCGAAAUUCUAACAAGGGACAAGGCCCUCAUGUACAACAAAUACCGUCACAGAUACAGAGUCCAGUUACAUCUCGGGUAGUUCCAGGGAAAGGUGAAGGAAAAAUGCCUCCCCCAGAACGAACAGCCAACAUUCCCCGCAGUAUCUCCAGUGAUGGGCGUCCACUAGAGAGUAGAAGAUUGUCUCCUGGCUCUGACGUCUACGUCACGGUUUCAUCCAUUGCCUUAGCAAGAUCGCAGCAGUGUCGUAACUCCCCCAGCAACUUGUCAUCCUCUAGUGAAACUGGCUCCAGUGGGGGCACCUACAGGCAGAAAUCUAUGCCUGAAGGGUUUGGAAUGAGCCGUAGAUCUCCUGCCUCCAUUGACAGACAGAACACAGAUACUAGUGGCAGUGGAAAAUCCACCCCCAGUUGGCAGAGAAGUGAGGAUAGCAUUGCUGAUCAGAUGGAACCAACAUGCCAUCACCCUGCAGUAUCAAAAGUGCUGCCGUCCUUCAGAGAGAGCCCCACUGGAAGACUGAUGAGGCAAGAUCCGGUCGUCCACUUGUCUCCAAACAAGCAGGGCCAUUCAGACAGCCAUUACUCCAGCCAUUCAAGCAGUAACACGCUGUCCAGCAACGCCUCUAGUGUGCACAGUGAUGAAAAGUGGUAUGACAGUGGAGAUAGGACUGAGUCAGAGCUGAACAGCUACAAUUACCUUCAAGGCACUUCUGCUGACAGUGGCAUUGAUACCACCUCGUAUGGUCCGAGCCAUGGCAGCACAGCCUCAUUGGGCAACUCAGCAACAUCUCCUCGGUCAGGGCUAGUAAAAGAAAAAGUAGCACCCUUAUGGCACAGUUCUAGUGAAGUAGUCUCCAUUUCAGACCGGACUUUAGAAAAAGAAAGCCACAUGAUGGACAGGAAGACAGAAUCUUCAUUGAGCUUGGAUAUUCAUACCAAAAGUCAACCAGCCUCUAAUCCUUUAACAAGAGAGAACAGUGCUUUUAGCCUUAGUGAUGCUGUUUCCCAUGCCAGUACCAUGGGUUCCCGACACUCUGCCAGCCCAGUUGUUUUCACCAGUGCCAGAAGUUCACCUAAAGAAGAGCUUCAUUCUGCCACUUCCCCACAACUUGCACCUUCUUUCUCCUCCUCUUCCUCCUCCUGUGGCCCUAGGACUUUCUACCCACGCCAGGGUGCUACUAGCAAGUACCUGAUUGGAUGGAAAAAACCUGAAGGGACUAUAAACUCAGUGGGGUUUAUGGAUUCAAGAAAGCGCCACCAGAGUGAUGGUAAUGAAGUGGCACAUCCUCGAUUGCGUGCAUCAGCCAGAGAUCUUCGAGCCUCACCAAAGCGAACAUCUAAAUCAAAUAUUGAGGAAGAAUUAAAGAAGCUGAUAGAUCUAGAUAGUCCAACACCAGAGUCUCAGAAGAACUUUAAGUCUCCAUUCCCUAGCACUCCUACCUCCAGGCGUGCCUUGCAGAGGACUCUAUCAGAUGAAAGUAUUUACAGCAGUCAAAGGGAACAUUUCUUCCCCUCACGAGCUUCUCUUCUGGAUCAAGCCCUUCCAAAUGAUGUCCUUUUCACCAGCACGUAUCCUUCUCUCCCCAAGUCUUUACCCUUAAGAAGACCAUCAUACACACUAGGAAUGAAAUCUUUACAUGGAGAGUUCUCAGCCUCAGACAGCUCCCUCACAGAUAUCCAGGAGCAGAGAAGGCAGCCCAUGCCAGACCCAGGUCUCAUGCCCCUGCCUGAUUCUGCUUCUGACCUAGAUUGGUCAAACUUGGUAGAUGCUGCCAAAGCCUUUGAGGUCCAGCGAGCCUCGUUUUUUGCCACUGGUGAUGAAAACCAUAGACCGGUCAGUGUGGCUUCCAAUAGUGACCAAGCUGAAGACCAGCUUCCUGUGCAGAUGAUGUCUUACACAGGUAAAGAAUCUCCUCCUUCUCUUGCUUCUAAAGUAAACCAGUUGGAAGGAAUGCUGAGAAUGCUGCAAGAAGAUUUAAAGAAGGAAAAAGAAGACAAGGCAAAUCUUCAGGCUGAAGUGCAGCAUUUGCGGGAAGACAAUUUGAGGUUACAAGAAGAGUCCCAGAAUGCCUCUGAGAAACUGAAGAAAUUCACUGAAUGGGUUUUUAACACAAUUGAUAUGAGCUAAGAACAGCACACAAAUACAUACAUUGGCAAAAAAUACAUACAUCUCUGUAGUGGGACUCAGCUUUAAUACCACCUUAAUACCAACUUUGCGAGCCCAGUCAGAGCACUUUCAUAUCUUUCAUAUUCUAUAACCUUUUUUGCAUCUCUGCAAAGCACUCAGAACUAUUGCAGAUCAACAAUCAUUGUCUGCCUUUUGUAGAAAAAAGCAAAAAAAUAAUUUUAAAGAAAAUAAAAGUUUAACUGCUAAAAUGUGAAUGUCUUUAUUUUUUUGCACAUUCUCUUUACCUGUUCUGUACAAAUAUGACUUAGAGAAUGGACAAGAAUAACUGUCCAUCUGACUCUAUUUAUUUCUAUACACUCCUUUGAAUCAGUUUCAGAUUAUUCUGCUUUACCUUGCUGCUUUAACAAGUAUUACGACUCCUAGGAGACUUAGAAAGAUGUUUAAUUUUUUUUUUGCUGCUUCCUUUCUAUGGUUUCUGAAGUAAACCACAGGCAAGAGGAUGUGAAUUAUGUUUCGGGUGUCUCCUUAAUGAUUUGCGCUUGAUCAUCUUUAGUGCUAUCUCCACCUGUUGAAUAGAGCCAUUGCCGUAGUGUGUGUGCGUGCGCACAUGUGUACCGUACAGCCAGCAGAGGCUUGAACCAUGGCUAUGGCAAGUUAUCCAGUUCCUUUUUUUUGCAUUAGUUAGUGAUGGCUGUCUGCUUCAUUUUCCUAGGGAAGCAAGAGCUUACCUUUCACCACUGGGGUAUGCCAAAUUGGCACCCUUUCUUACGAGCUUGAUAGAAGAGAAUACCUACUACUGCUAUAGGUAAUGCCCCCUGCCUCUUCCUGCUGAGGGACCUGUUGCAUCUACAUUUAGCUGGUGCCCAACUGUAUUUGAGAUUUUGUAAAUGCUGAGCCACCAAAGAGAGCUGCGGUCCCACCAUCACUUACGCAUUACUGUGCAAGUGCUGUGGUACCCUGAUGAUGAUGAAGGAGCAAGAAAUUAGAUCUGUCUCCAUACCAGAAAACCCAAGUUAUAGACACCUCGGUCAGGCUUGCACCAUCCUCCCUACUUCCAAAUGGCUUGUAAGGUACCACAGAAAGAAAGCAAAGGGACCCAUGCUCAAUUGCUGCCCAUUGCAGGUGACAUGGCACAUGGUCUUAUGCAGAAUCCUUGUACUUUGCUUGGAAAACACAGCAAAACAAUAGCUAUUGCAAUACAGGAUUCUGGUUCCACUACACUUUUAGAAGCCAUUUAAUGGAUAUUUGCUGCUACAGACCAUGCAAGCCUGCCCACAGUGUUAUCCGUAUCUAGAUGUUCUUGACUUUAAUGGAAGUCGCACAUCUAUAACUGCAGUAUUGUAGCUUUAACAGCAUAUCUCAAUGUUCAUGCCAAUGUAUUCUUUCUCAGCACUCUUAGCUAUAGAAAAGGUUAAUGCAAAUUAAGAAUUAUGAUUUUAUUUGGCAGGCCUUUGGCCUCAGUAAAUCCUUUUAAGAGCUCUGACGAGCUGUAAGAGAAGAAACAAUUGGAUGAUGUUAAAAUGAUCAAAAUCAUAUUUUUUUAUUUUUAGAACUAGAAUUAAGGAUAAUAUUCUGACUCUUACAUCUCCAAAGUGUAGAUUUCCCAGUGACACUAGCUAAUGUAAAAGGAUAUGUAUGCUGAGAGGCUAACUUGCCAUAAAAUGUCACACUGCAGGGAUAAGCUCUUAAUGUUAGUGGCGGGGGGGGGGGUGGAAUUGUGUGUGUUGCACCUGCCUAAGCAUUGUUUCAAGUGGCAUGCGGUGAACUUACUUAGUGACCUUCUCUGCAUGCAACCCAACUGAGUCCAUAGUAUUUUUUACUCCACAUUGCCUUUUUGAAAAGUAACAGCCCAUGUCUAUCCAUUUCAUGAACUGUCUAUUCUCCCCUGUGCUCCAGCCACUUUUCAUUGCUGGAAAAGUUCUUUGCCAUCGAGUCUUCCUAGCCUUUUUUAAUAUGCAUUUUCAUAACUUUAAUAACUGUAUGAACCCAGAUGGUUUGCUUUGACCUAAAGCUUCAUUUGUGGUGAUAAUCCCCUUGGAAUGUGCUUCUGAUAAUAUUUUGCCAUGGAAGAGGGUUUGGUUUGAAAAUAUUUCUGGAGUGCUUCUGCAAAAAGCUAGAAUGUCCUGGGUAUUUUUUUUAAUAACUUGUAUGAAGGAGAUCUAUAUAAUGCCUGAUGUAAUUUGUAAAUGAGAAGUAUUGCUAACAUCUCUAAGCAUCCUGACUUCCUUUUUCUCUCUCUUUUUUAUUUUAAAACAUUGGGACUUGGGGCAGACUAUUUAUUAGAGUUUUGCAACAGAGUUCUUGUAUCAAGCCUCUAAAAGGCUACUUGUAAAAAAAAUUGACAAUAAAAUUCAUU